AUGCAUUCAUCUUUUAUAACAAAACCAGAUACCUGGGCCGCAUGUGAUGGCCUAGGUCGCCUAUUGCCCACAUAUGAUCAAGUAGGAGAUCUACGGCCAGAUAAAUUUAUUGGAAUUUUCUAUUUUCUCUGGGCUGAAAAUGAAGCUGGUUUUAAAACAGGUCCGUAUGAUGUAACAAAAAUUUUGGCAACAGCAGGUGGAAAUUUAAUUAAUGCAACAUGGGGACCUUUAUAUGGCUUUCAUCAUUGGAGUCAACCAUAUUUAAAUUAUUAUCUAAUGGAUGACGAAUUUGUUAUAAGAAAACAUGCACAAAUGUUAGCUGAUGCUGGUGUUGAUACGUUAAUUUUAGAUGCAACAAAUGCAUUUACGUAUGACAAUAUUUGGAGUAAAAUCGCUAAUAUUUAUAUCGAUAUGAGAUUGAAAUCUAUGCGCACACCAAAAUUUUGUUUUAUAACAUGGUCAUCUAGUGAACAGACAGUUCGAAAAUUAUAUGAAAAUUUAUAUAGUCAAAAUCUCUAUAGAGAUUUAUGGUUUUUCUGGAAUGAUAAACCACUUAUAUUGGCGAAUCCAGAUGGUUUUCCAUCGGAUCUAUUGAAUUUUUUUACUAUACGAGAAUCAUGGGCAUGGACAAAAGGUCAAGCGUGGUUUGGUGAUGGCCGUAAUAAAUGGCCAUGGAUUGAUAAUUAUCCACAAGGACGCGGUCUAAAUGAAUCUGGUCAACUUGAACAAACAUGUGUUACAGUUGCUGGUCAUCCUGUUAUGAAUAUUGGACGUUCAUUCGAUGGUCCAACUCAACAUGAACCCGAUCAAAUUAAUCCCAUGAUUGGUACCUAUUUUUCUCAACAAUGGGAACAAGCAUUAAAAAUUGACCCAUCAUUUAUAUUUGUUACUGGAUGGAAUGAAUGGAUUGCACAACGUUUUGUUCAAACAAGUUCAACUAAUUCUUUUAUUGGUAAACAAUGGCCAAUAGGCACAACAUUUUUCGUUGAUGAAUUCAUUCAAGAAUAUUCACGCGAUAUUGAACCGAUGUUUGGAGGACAUGGAGAUAAUUAUUACUAUCAACUCAUAAAUUAUAUUCGUCGUUUUAAAGGUAUGACAAAGCCAGAUUUACCUUCGGGACCACAAACAAUUCGAAUCAAUGAAGAUUUUACACAAUGGAAUAAUAUUACACCCUAUUAUCUCGAUGACAUAUUUGAUAUUCCAUAUCGUAAUCAUCCGCGUUAUGGUGAUCAUGGCGAACAACUUAUUGAUUAUAGUCAAAGAAACGAUUUAGAAAGAAUGCAAAUAGCACGUGAUACAACGAAUUUCUAUUUCUAUCUACGCUGUUAUGGACCUUGGAUCGAUGAAAAUAGAUUUAAUUGGUUAUUUCUAAAUGUUGAUAAUAAUUAUUCAACUGGUUGGAUUGGUUUUGAUUAUUUAGUUGAUUUAGGUGAAAAUCAACUGAAGAAAAACAUGAAUAAUACAAGUAAUUGGCAAUACGAAGAAACAAUACAAAUUGUCAAUAGUGGAUACAAUGAAUUACAUUUUUCUCUGUCCUAUCAGUCUCUAAAAAUUAACAAUACAAAAAUUAAUUUACAAUUUAAAUGGUUAUCAGCAGAUGUUUUAUAUACAUUUGAUCCGCUCAAUUUUAUUGAUAAAGGAGAUUCAGCACCCAAUGGAAGAUUCACAUAUACAUAUAUGAUUUAG